AUGGAUAAUGGAACUAAAGAAUGGUGGAUGGCUGCCAAAUGGAGUAAAGAGUAUGAACGAGGAAUAAACGAAUAUAUUAAAAGGGCAUUUUCUACCAAGUCUGAAGGAAACCAAAUUUGUUGUCCAUGUGGUAGUUGUCAUUAUCGUUAUUGGUGUGAUGAAAAAGUUGUGAGAUAUCACCUAGUUUGCAAUGGUUUUGUGCCAAGAGCGGACAAGUUGUCAGAAUUAGGGAUGCACUUUGAAAGAGAAAUACCUACUUUGGAUGCUGAUGAACGGUUGAACCAAGAUGAUUUGGAUGAUGAUCUAGUAGGGUUGUUACAUGAUGCACGUGAUGCUUUUAGAGAGGGGCCGAAUGAUGAGGCAAAAAAGUUUUUCCAGUUACUUGAAGGAGGUCAGGAGGAAUUGUAUCCCGGGUGCAAGACGCAUUCAAAACUUUCCUUUAUGAUCAGACUAUUAAUCAUAAAGUGUGAUCAUAAGUUGACCAAUGGUGCGUAUGCUGAUAUUGCAGACCUUGUAAGGGAGGCGUUUCCUGAUGCCAAAUUGCCUAAGUCUUUUAAUGAAGCGAAGAGUGCUUUAAAGGUGUUGGGGUUGAAUUAUACUAAGAUAGAUGCAUGCCCCAAUGAUUGCAUGCUUUACUGGGAAGAGAAUGCAAAUGCCACAAGUUGCCAUGUUUGUGAUACGCCAAGAUGGAAGUCGAAUGAUACAGAGAACGACACACCACUUGAAAAUGGAAAAAUCCAUAGGAUUCCCAAAAAGAUCCUUAGGCACUUUCCAAUAAAAAGAAGGUUGCAAAGGAUUUUUAUGUGCCAAGAGACUGCAAGCUACAUGACAUGGCAUACUAGUGGGCGAGAAAAUGAUCAUCUUUUACAACAUCCAGUAGACGAAAAAGCUUGGAAGGAGUUUGAUUCUUUGUAUCCAAAGUUUGCUGAGGAUCCGCGCAAUGUCAGGUUGGGGCUAGCUACUUAUGGAUUUAGCCCAUUCAAUUCAAUGAGCAUUGCACAUAGUACAUGGCCAGUUAUAUUGAUCAAUUAUAACUUGCCUCCAUGGAUGAUUAUGAAGCCAGAGUUUUUGAUGUUAGCUUUACUUAUCCCUGGUCCUUCUUCCCCCGGUAAUGAUAUUGACAUUUAUUUGUAG